AGAUCAUGAAGAGGAACGGUCUCGUUUAAAAGAAAAAAUGCAAGAAAACCAAAUCCUGGAUGCUGUUUUGAACCCCAGAGUUCGUCUGCACAGAUUAGUGAGAAGUGCACCAGUCUUGCAGCAAACCAUGAUACUGCCAUCCUCGUGCUUCACAGUGUUCCCUGCAGAUGUUCAGCACACGGUGCUGAUUAAAGAAGAAGCUCCUGAAGAAUGGAGUUCUGGUGUGGACCAGAAGGACCCAGAGAUCCUCAACAUAAAGGAGGAAGAGGAGGAACUGAGGAUCAGUCUGGAUGUAGAGCAGCUCAGUGUGAAGGAGGAGACUGAUGACACCAGGUUCUCCUUCACUGCAGUUCAUCUGAAGAGUGAGGAUGAUGAAGAGAAACCUCUGUUCUCUGAGCUUCAUCAGCACCAAGUGGAAGAUGGAGCUCUUCCAACCAGCAGCUCAGCUGACCAGAUGAAAGCAGCAACUGGUGGAGAAGAUUGUGGAGGAGCAGAAAUAUCAAGGCUUCUGGAAAAAUCAGCUGCAGAUUAUGAAGAGAAACAUUCUUAUUUAAAGGAAAAGGAGCAACAAAACCAAAUCCUGGAUGCUGUUUUCAGUCACAAAGUUCAUCACUACAAUUUAGGUCCAAUGUCAAUGCAGCCGUCUACCAGGAAGUUUUAG